AUGAGUGCUAGUGGUUCUUUUGUGCCCCCGUUGGUAGUUUUCCCUAGAAAAAACAUGAGUGAACAACUUACAAAAGGAGCUCCAGCUGGAACUAUCUUUUCCACACAUCCUUCAGGAUGGAUUCAGACAAAUUCUUUCACAGAGUGGUUUCGACAUUUCAUUAAGUUCUCCAAUCCCACCAAAGAAAAACCUGUGCUCUUGUUGCUGGAUGGGCACUUUAGCCACACCCAAAACAUAGAUUUAAUUGACCUGGCAAAAGAAAAUCAUGUGACCAUUCUUUCUCUGCCUCCCCACUGCUCUCAUAAACUCCAGCCGUUGGACAAGACCUUCAUGGGUCCUCUGAAAAUCCAUUACAGUGAUGAAAUAAGACAGUGGCUCAGAAUUAACCAACGUCCUGUCACCGCGUUUGAUGUGAUGGAGUUAUUUGGUAAAGCUUACAUCAAAUGUCAGAGAGCUGAAGUAGCGAUCAAUGGUUUUAAAGUAACUGGGAUAUGGCCAUUGAACAAAACAAUAUUCUCGGACGCUGAAUACAUAGAAGAAGCUAACAAACAAAGAGAUUCCUCUUUUUAUGAAGCUGUAUUGAAGAAAAAUAAACCUAAAGGCACAAACCUAAGCCCACCAAUAAAUCAGAACCAAAGUACUUCGAAUGAACAAGGUGGUUUUCAAGAGAUCGAUUUAAAUAGGCCAUCAGCAUCAACAAGUUCAGUAGUUGGUUAUCUUCCUUUGCCGGAUGAAGAACUCGAGAUGAGCCCUGCCACAUCUUGUCAGAUCAGCCCAUUUGACAUAACCCCACUUCCACAAGUCAAGAAAAGAACGUCAAAUAGAGGACGAAAAGCCUGCAAGUCUACAGUCAUUACUUCUACUCCUUAUAAAACUCAAUUAGAGGAGGCCAAAAAAGCUAAAGAAGAGAAGGAAGCACAGCAAAAGGCAAAGAACCGUAUUACUGGAGGAUGUCGGGGGAACCGGAAGAAAGGAAAACAACUGGUUAAGAAACGUCUUUCUUUUGAUGAACGGGAUGAAAAAGUAUCCGGCAGUGAAGCAGAUGAGAGUGUCUCAUCCGGAAAUUCAGAACUCGAGGUACCUCCUGGUGUAAUUCCAGCCAAAGAAGACGACGCGGCUUGUAUGUUUUGCGACAGAAAGUUUUCAGAGGACAAUAAAGGAGAACUCUGGGUAAUGUGUAUCAUGUGUUCUAUGUGGGCCCAUGUAGAUUGCGCAGGAGCUGAUAAGGACAUUUAUAUCUGUGAUUUUUGCCUUUAA